AUGGCCACUGCAGCUUUGAAGAAUAUCAGCAAGAACCAUCUGGAGUGCAGUAUCUGCCAAGAUAGAUACGACAAGCCCAAGAUACUGGCCUGCUUGCACAGUUUCUGUGAGAAGUGCCUGGUAGACUACCACAGCGGCAGAUAUCAUGACUCCCCCAGGAUUCCUUGCCCGCUUUGUCGACAGGAGACGGUCCUGCCACAGAAGGGUGUGUCCGCCCUCAAAACCAACUUUUUCAUCACGAGUCUGAUGGCGGAUGUCACACUGCAGGAUCAAGUGGGUGAUGUUUCACCGAUCUGUGACAUCUGUGGCACCAACGAUGCGAUGCAUCGCUGUCUGGACUGUUCAAAGAACAUCUGCAAGGGAUGCCUCGGGUACCAUAAGCAAUUCCCAGAUUUACUGGAUCACACUGUGGCCACUUUGGAGGAUAUCAGACAGGGAAAGGUGGUGGCUAAUAAGAAGAAAAAACGGGGAGGCCAUUUCCAGUGUGGACAGCACCUGGGCGAGGUCAGGCGAUUCUACUGCCAAAGCUGCCACGAGUUGAUCUGCAGAGAUUGCACGGUGAUCGACCAUCCAAAUACUAAAGGACACGACUAUGUUGAUUUGAAAACUGCUUCUACCAAGCUGCGGAAGAUGUUGUCAGGCAAACUUCCAGAAUUAGAUAAAAAGAAAAAGGGGCUUGAAGGCGUGCAUAAAGCUGCUCGGGAAACGAAAGAGAAGCUCAAAACCAAUUCCGAAAGGGCGAGUCUGGAGGUACAAAAGGGAGCUGCUAAGAUGAUAGAAAACAUCGAGAAGGAGAGAGAUCGGAUUCUCAAGGAAGUAAAAAAUAUAACGGUAACUCGAAACGAAAAACUUAACCAAUCGGAAAAAGAUGUCACGACAACAAUGCUUAGGAUAAAGCACUCCCAAGAGAUAAUUCAGGAUAUCAUAAGAAACGCAGAAGACAGCGAUUUUCUUGCCCUUUUCCCUGAAAUCAAGCGGGAUUUGCAGGCCCUCAGCAUCCUAGAUAUGCCACGGGUUAAUGAUGAGCUCUCUGUGUUAAACGUCAGAAGUCGGGAGACUAGUGGUGUCAAGGAUCUCUGGGAACUGCAGCUUGAACCUGAAAGACGGCGAAUGCAAAUACACUUCCACUCGUUUCCUGAUGACCUUGAAACUGAUGGUUAG